GAGCAUUGUUGGCGCGCCAUGGCUGACACAGAGGUGAGAAUCGUCACAUGCGCAAGGUCAUUGUGAUCUCAUCGUGAUCUGUCUGUUUGUCUGUCUGCCUGUCUGCCAUUGAUGCAGGCUGGCGAGUUUUUGAUAGAGGUGGGCAAGGAGCUCAAUCGGACGCCAGAACAGAUGCAGGGCAUCAUACAAAAGUGAGCAAGCGACGAACGAGCGGCAGUCAAAGAAAGAUCCACAGCCGGUCGCGUGUUGGUUGCUGCGUGUGUUUGUGUCGUGUGCAGGGUGGUUGUCGACAACUGGUACGAGACCAUUGGUAAGCCAAUCACCGAACCAUUCACACACACAUAUAUGGCUGCCAUCUAUUGACCACCAACCACACACGUGUCGGGUGUGACUGUGACUGUUCACUCAGAGUCUCUGCAGGAGGUGAGCGACGUGCAGUGGCAGACGAUGCAGCUCCCCGGCCGCCUCAUCGACAUCAUCAAAGCCAAGCUAGCGCUACUCGCACCCCAACACCAGCACCUUUCCAUCCCGCCCGUCCACCACCCAGUGGCACCCUCACCAUCAGCCAUGAUGGACGUCGACCCCUCCUCCUCUGUGCCUCAGCCCGGCGCCAUGGCCAGUGCCAACGCGCUGAGUCCGCCUGCCGGUUUGGGUCUGCCGCUGUCGAUGCCGUCAAUCCCGUCAGUGGCGGCCACGUGUGGGGACAGCGUGAGCUCGGUCAAGGAGUUCAACAGCAACGAGGACCGGGAGAUGGAGGGCAGCGAUGUCGAGAGGCUCACCACUGGUCAGUCACUCACACAGAGAGGGACAGAGAGAGGAGUAAACCAGGAGAAGAGAGGGGCGAUGGUUCGUCAGCCGGCCGGCACGCACAGUUGUGUUGGGCUGUUUUGAUGUUCUGUUUUCGCGUUUUCUGGUGUUGUGUGUGUUAGUUGAGUUUGCGCCACCGGAGGAGGUCAAGUUCCCCCUGCCCAUCCUCUCCGCCACCGAGAAAAUCAAACAGGAGGUAAGAGGGGCAGUCAGGAUGGAUAGAGUGACUCCGAGAGUCGUCACAUGGCCAGCCGGGUGGGUGUCCACUAUCAGGUUCCCGUCGACAAGAUGCCAGGCGUGUUGAUCACGCUCGGCCGGCUGCUCAACGGAGUGCUCGCGAGCCCCACAAACGAGAGCAAACGCAAAAUACGAAAGGUGCGUACGCGUGGGGCGAAAUGAAGUGGCAAUGCACUCAUUCACAGCAUAGCCUGUCUGAGUGUUGGGUGUGUGUGUUGGUGGCCUCACCACCCACUCAGGAGAAUGAGAAUUUCCAAGCCAAAGUGGGCCAGUUCGCUGCAGGGGUGGCCUUCCUUCAAUCGGUAGGAGCGUCUGUCUGUCGUGGAUGUGCGCCAUCUGUGUGCAAUUGAUUUGUGUCACCAACCAGGUCGGUUUCCAGGACGUCGGCGAGCACCUGAUCCUGCCUGUGGCGUACCUCUCACGGUCAGCCAGGCAGUCACGCCAUGCGCCAUAGCCACAUUGGCAGGUGUGCCGUGUUUGGUAUGGUUGCUGCAGGCUGACUGAUGCGCACGGUGCGUUGACCGAGCUGGGCCGCGAGGCGGGCGUGACGGUUCCGCCCAUACCCAACCCCACACCGGCUGACAAACACAUCAUGUAAGUGCGUGAGUGCGCUGCCCACACCCACACACGCGCCAUAGACAACACACAUACGAACACACACACACGUGCGUCAGGUUCAACCCCUAUCAGUCGAGCAUCACCUCUACCACGGCUGAGUUCAGGCAAGAGGGAGGCGGGGCGGGAUGGAUGGAUGGAUGUGUGGGUGUGUCGUGCCUUUGUGUUGCUGGGUGCCGUGCAGUCGGGUGCAGGGCAAGCUGGCCGAGAAGCGGUUUCACGAGGUCGACCAGAUACGCGCUGAGCUCAAGCAAAAGAAAGAGGACAUACGCGUAACUGAGCCACCCGAAGCCCACGCCACACUAGCUAGUGGCCCAUGUGUGUGUGUGUGUGUGUGUGUGUGUGCCUCUGUGCCUCCGUCAGCGUGGCGGCGAAGGCGACACAGUGGAGCUGAGGCCUGUGGCCUUCCACCUCUCGCGUACACAAACAAGAUCGCCACACCACCGACACCCACACUGUUCAUCUUUCUCUGUGUGUGUUGGUGUGGUGUGUGCAGGUAUGGGUCGUUUGGAGGAUGCAUUGAGUGCGGUGCAGCAGGAGCGUGAGCAGGAGGAAACCAACCCAGGGGAGGCCGGCGUGGCCCAGUCGGAUAUCGCCAAAAUCAAGGAGGUCUGCGAGCGCUUCACAGGCUGCGCUUUGACAUCACUGUGUGUGUGUGUCUCUGUGUGUGUGAGUUGUUAGAGUAUGGGUGACGGUCCGCAGUUCAAGUCGCGUGCCAAGCAGGAGCUGGCCAAACUGAGCAAGCAGAAAGUCCACAGACAGGCAAGUGCAUGUUGAGCGACUGACUGAGUGACCCUCUGCUCACCUGAUUGAUGCACACGUGUGUGUCGUGUGCGUGUGUGUGGCUGAUGCAGUGCAUACUGCGUGUGUUGUUCCCCGACAAGCUGGUGCUGCAGCUGCACUUCCGCCCCGUCGACACCAUCGCACACGUGCAGCAGCAGAUCAAGCAGGUACACACACACAUUGCAACUGGGUGGAUGGACGGAUGGAUGGAUGGAUGGACGCUCCCACGAUUGUGUCUGUGUUCAGCUGUUACGUGAGGAGUGCAGGGAUCUGCCGUGGUACAUCUACGAGACCCCACCGAUGCGCAAAUUCACAGCUAGAAGGACGCUCCACGACGAGGUGCGCAUAGCUGUCCGGCAGAAAGGGAGACACCCAGCGCAGGGGAUCAUUUGUCUUGGGUAUCUCUGUCUGCAGGGUCUGGUCCCCGGUGCUAUGGUGCACUUCGCCUUUGUUGGUGGGGAGGGAGGGAGGGAGGCGAGGAGUCGAAUGGGUGUGUCGAUUGAUCCCUAUCUCACGCAUGGCAUGUAUCAGGUGCCGCCAACGGCUCUGCGGCCAACAUCCCCCAGCCUCCUUACCUGCAAGCAUCGCUCCUCACACACCUGACCACCCAGACACAGCAGACACAGCAGCAGGUAUGGGUGGAUGUGCGCAAGCACUCACUGACUGACAAGGCAGGCAGGCAAUGCUUCUGUUGACCAUUCAGGCCACCAAUGCGCCGAGCACAUCGCCGUCGGAGUCUGCUGCUGCUGCUGCUGCUUCUGCUGCUGCUAGUGGUGCUGCAGAGGCCGACCGGCCUGUGCUCAACGGCACGGACAAGGACUAGAAACGCAGGCGGACAGACGGACGGACAAAAGUGUACAGGGAGAGAGAAUGGGAUGGCGGGUGGAUCGAUCGACGAACGGGAGCGUGUUCGUCCCUUUCUUCGCAUGCGGACGGACAUCAUGAGUAGAUGCAUGGGCAGGUGCGUACGUGUGCAUGCAAAUGGGGCCGGCCGCCCAGCUGUAGCGCAGCGUGCUGGCCAUCCGUCUGCUGGGCGUUUUGUGGCGUGUUUUGGUUUGUCAAGCGGGUAAAUGGGUCACCGCAUAAACGAAUCAGUUGCGUAUGUGGGUCAACUCGGCUGAAUCACUCUGCACACAGUCACGAACGGGUCGGAUAACCGGGUCACCUUCCCAAAGAGACCCAUGGAGAAAUACAGACAUUUUGAUUGUCGUGUUCUGAGAUGAACCGUUCUCGAU